AUGACAGACAGAGCGGCAAUGCAGAAAAUAAUGAAAGAGAAUGGUGAUCUCGGCUGGGAAGCGGUCUGGAAGUUGACUGACUCGCCACCAUGGGAUAACGGCCAAGUUCAGCCAUUGUUGAGACAUUAUAUAGAGAAUAAUAAGGUAGAUCUUCCACCAGCAAAGGAGGGUGUGAGAGUUUUAAUCCCUGGUUGUGGAAAAGGCUACGAUGCAGUCUACUUCGGCAGUCUCGGCUAUGAAACAGUAGGCUUAGAUCUCUCUCCAGAAGGCAUCAGGUUGGCAGAAGAAUGGUACAGUAAGCAAGGUUUGAAUGGAAAGACAUCCUUCAUCUGUGAUGACUUCUUCACUUGCGAUAUCGGACAAUAUGACGUCGUUUACGACUAUACAUUCUUUUGUGCAUUGAAUCCUAAUAAAAGACAAGAGUAUAAAAAGCGAAUGGCAGAAUUAGUGAAACCAGGUGGAUUGUUGUUAUCUAUAGUAUUCCCAAUUGAAGAUAGACCGAUUGAAGGGGAAGGAGCUACAGGGCCACCAUGGUGUGUGAGUCCAGAAUACUACAACGGAUUGAUAAAGGAAGAAUUUAAAUGGUUGCUGAAUGAAUAUCCACCUAUUGAGGUUGACAACAGGAAUAAGAAGAGAUUCAAUAUAUUUAAAAGGGAAUUCUAA